CCUUAAGAAUGAUGAGGGCUAUAUGAGUAAAUUUGGAGGGGAGUUACAGCAGCGAAGACCUGGCACGAAGGGCCACCGUUUAACUCAGGACUGGAAGCUGAAUAGUGCGGUUGUCCGGACUCCGGAGAUUCAACAUUGAAUUGAAGUCGGAACCCUUCUCUCCGGUCGGGAGCUUUUCUGGUACCAACAUGCAACAGGGCGGGGGAUCUGAAACCGAGGUGACUUGGGAGGAUCAGCAGAAUAUCAACAAGUUCGGUAGAUUAAACAACCGAUUUCACGAGCUCGAUGAUGAAAUUAAGAUCGCCAAGGAAACAAAUGAGAAUCUGGAGGAUGCAAGUAAUGAAUUGAUUCUUACUGAUGAGGAGGUGGUUCGUUUUCAAAUAGGAGAAGUCUUUGCUCAUGUUUCGAAGGAAGAAGUUGAAACCAGGAUAGAACAGAUGAAAGAAGUAACCAGCAAAAACUUGGAAAAACUCGAGGAAGAGAAGGAUUCUAUCCUGGCACAGAUGGCUGAGUUAAAGAAGAUUUUGUAUGGAAAAUUCGGGGACUCCAUCAACCUAGAGGAGGAUUAAUGGGAUGUUCCUUUGCUCGUCUUACUUAUUUCCCUUGUUCUCUUUGAGGAGACCAUCCAUUAAUUUUUCAUCGAUUUUCAAAUGUCAGGAAAAAAUUACUCAUCCCAGUGGUUUUCUGGUAUGCAAGCUUCUGGUUCUGGAUUGUAGACAGCAUAUAUAGUGGAUGUUUAUCAGUUUCAUA